AUGCGAAGUUUUUACCUUCUUCCUUCGGUUGUCCGCAGUGCCAUCAUCACCCCAACCUUCCCAAUAGCAGCCGUUUCCUGUGCAUCUACAACCUCAUCCGCAACUCGAGGCUAUCGUCUUUUCGCAACAUCGCAUUCUCCCACAUCUCUCGGGCAGCUACGAAAGCCCCAAGCAAUCAGUUACGAGUAUGCACUUAGGCUACUUAACACGCUACAAUCCAAUCGCGCGAUACGAUCAUCGGUCGCCCAGUCGCCCGGAGACAAAAACCAUAAUGCAAUUCCAGAGAUGCUAGAAUGGCUACGGCGGGCGGGAUACAAACCAGAAGACCUCGCAAAGGCUGGACUGCGAUUCAUACAUGUUGCUGGCAGCAGUGGGAAGGGUAGCGUCUGCGUGAUGGUGGAGAAUAUGUUGCUGCAAUACCAGCAACGGAACACAAAGGUGGGGAUCCCCGUGGGCAAAAUCGGCCUUUAUACUUCACCACACCUUGUUACGGUGCGAGAACGAGUACGCAUAAAUGGCAGCCCAAUAUCCCAAGACGACUUCACGCGGUAUUUCUGGGAGCUCUGGACUCGUUUUGAGCAUGCUUCGGCCACUACUAAGGAGGGGAAUGCCCUCAUAGGGCUGACUGGAAAUAAUGCAGAAGCCCGCCCUGGGUAUUUCCGAUUUUUGACACUGCUGGCUCUCCACAUAUUCAUGCAACAAGGUGUACGAGUCGCCGUCAUCGAAUGCGGCAUAGGCGGAGAACAUGACAGCACCAAUAUCUUGCCCCCCGAGGCAGUCGCUGUGAGCGCCAUCACAAAGCUGGAAAUUGACCAUAUCGGAAUGCUUGGUGAAACAAUCGAGGAUAUAGCAUGGCACAAGGCAGGAAUUAUAAAGCCAAGGGUCCCCAGCUUUACAACCUCACAGCAACCAGUAGCAUCCGCUGUGCUUAGAAGUAGGGCAGCGGAGAAGGGCUCUGAUAUUACUUUCGUGCCCCGAUUACCUGCAAUACAUGCGAACAACAUAGAGCUCGGGCUAUUGGGUGACUUUCAGAAGGACAAUGCUAGUCUUGCAGUAGCCAUUACCACCUCCUAUUUACACCAGAUGGGAGUCACUGAAGGUAUUCCUCGACUACAAGAGAUAGCGAACCGGGACCUCAAGCUCCCAAAUGAAUAUAUUCGUGGUUUGGAAAAUGUUUGUUGGCCCGGAAGAUGCCAAAUCGUUAAGGAAGGUAACAUUCAAUGGUACAUUGACGGUGCGCAUACACAUGAGGGCAUGCAAGCUGUUGCUACGUGGUUCCGGUCGAAGAUGGACGAAGCUUUCUUGCAAUCCAAUCCGCCCACAGCAGUAAUGCUAAUAUUCAACCAAGAUGACCGUGAUGGGCGUCCUCUUCUUCGAAGUUUACUCACAGAUCUAAAAGAGAAACAAGGCCCUGUAACAUAUACGAGAACAUUCGAUCACGCAGCAUUCUGUCCGAAUAUUCCGUUUGCAUCCUCUCAGAGCGAAUCCGUACGUGACUUAUCUGCCCAAAGGGAAUUGAUGGAAAUGUACCAAUCUUCGGGGAGCACGUCAUCGUGCCAGCUAUACGGAAGUGUCCAAGACGCCGUACGAUUUGCAAGACGAAUCUCAGAUGGCGAGCAUCAGAGGGUUCUCGUUCUAGUCACAGGGAGCUUGUACCUAGCUGGAGCAUUGCUGCAAAACUUGAGCGAACAAAGUACCGCAAAAAGGGUCUGUGGUACCUCCAUAAAUAGACAUUGA